AUGAAUAAGGUAGAAGAAAAUUAUACGAGUAGCAGAUUAUUUACAAGUAAAAUUCACAACUUUGGAAAUCUACCUGAACCAAGAAAUGCAACAGAAGUGUUUCAUAGUAAAUUGUAUGAUUUUAACAUUCCUAACGAUUUUAACGACUUUAAUAAAUCAAAUGAGCGGAAUAGCAGCAAAUCAUCAAAAGUAAUUACUAUUUUUAGAGAUGAUAGUGAAAAAUUACCCGAAGAAUUUAAAAAGUUGCAAAUAAAUUCAAAUAAUGACGAAAAAGAAAAAACUCAAAAAUAUGUCGAUGAUGAUGACGAAGUAUAUAAUAAUCCAAACUUUCAUUCAAAAGAACAAGAUGAACUGGAAAUUCCUGAUG